UCAAUGCUGAAGAUGGAGCCACUGAACAGCACCCAUGCCAGCACCUUCAUGACCAGCAGUCUCGGUGAAUCCCAUGUGUCCGACAGUGGCCACGGAAACGGCAACGAAUAUUUCUACAUCCUGGUGGUCAUGUCCUUCUACGGCGUCUUCUUGAUUGGCAUCAUGAUGGGCUACAUGAAAUCCAAGCGGCGGGAGAAGAAGUCCAGCUUGCUGUUGCUGUACAAGGACGAGGAGCGCCUCUGGGAAGAAGCUAUGAAACCACUGCCCAUGGCUUCUGGUCUGAGGUCGGUGCACAUGCCCCUGAUGCUAAACAUGCUGCAGGAGAGCAUGGCACCUGCUCUGUCCUGCACCCUCUGCUCCAUGGAAGGGGACAGCGUCAGCUCUGAGUCUUCGUCUCCCGACGUGCACCUGACCAUCCAGGAGGAAGGGGCGGAUGAUGAGCUGGGGGAGACUUCCGAGACGCCCCUCAAUGAAAGCAGUGAAGGCUCCUCAGAGAACAUCCACCAGAAUUCCUAG